UCCCCGAUUACGAUCACUCAUGCAUGGUUGUGGUCGGUUGACUUUUCAAACUCAUUCUGCGGACUAAUACCGUAAUUAUUUCCGAAUACCGGCACAACAACAUCUGUUUAUCUCCUGUAGUCCACAUCGUGUCACGAAAACACAAACUACCACUGUUCAUUGCGCACACAUCCGCGUCCUCCUCUGCGUUCAUGGCACACCAAGGCUCCCUGGGAGCUGGAGUCUUUCCGCUCAUCUCCCAUUUUCCACAGGUUUCGCGAGAUUCUCAUAGGCGGGUGGUGUGUGGCAACAUUUCUCUGCCAGACGAACUGAACAAUACUGAUAUGAAAACUGCGUAAAGUAGCGGUUGAGUUUCUUGAGGCAUGUCCAAGAAAAGGGGCAGAAAGCGGAGUAGCGGGGAGCUGAGUGACACAUUGACCCCGGAGCCCAACAGCAUUCUGGGAGUUCGCAUCCAGCACAACUGGCGUGAGAAGGGAAACCAGAGUAAAUGGAAGGGAACCGUACUGGACAGACUUAGUGUGAACCCCUCUCUCUUCAUGGUGAAGUAUGACGGCUUUGACUGCGUCUACGGCAUCGAGUUGUUCAAGGAUGACAGGGUGUCGAACCUACAAGUUCUGACAGAAAAAGUUGUAAACAACAAGAUAAAGAUUCCUCCUGGGGCGGAGGAGCUGGUGGGAAAAGCUGUGGAGCAUCUGUUUGAAAAAGAGGAUGGAGAGAAGAAUGAGUGGAGAGGCAUGGUCCUCUCCAGGGCGCCAAUAAUGACCAACUGGUAUUAUAUCACUUAUGAAAAGGACCCCGUUCUUUAUAUGUACCAACUGUGGGACGACUACGCUGACGGAGACCUCAGAAUUCUGCCUGAAGCAGAGAACAAGCACCUGUUGCCUGCUGACAGGAAGCCAGGAGAAGAGACGGAGAGCCUGGUGGGAAAACAAGUAGAGUAUGUUACCGACAAGGGUGUUAAGAGAACAGGCCUGGUGAUCUACCAGGUCCCAGCCAAGCCCUCUGUCUACUAUAUCAAAUACGAUGAUGACUUUCAUAUCCACGUCUAUGACCUGGUCAAAACCACCUAGAGAUAGUGGACAAUUCAUGUCACUCUCCAGCCGUCCAUCCGUGUGCUUCUACUCCCAGUCAUUGUUAUAAUCUUAUUAUUCAAAAGCAAGCCCGGGUUUCUAAGUUAAAGGAGCAAUAUUUAAUCAUCAGGCAUUAAGGAGACAUGCUAUGUUGAAGUGCUGGCCUCUCUGACAACAAUGCAGCAGCCAGUAGGUCCUCCUUCAUAAUUUUCAUAUCUGGUCUGGAGUGGUCUGAAUUUGUUUUAACCAGAGCAGGUAGGCGGUUCUAAGGCACCCCCGCACACCCGUUUUGGACGCUCCUCGGUUUGCCAGACAUGAGACCAGUUAUCACGGCAAACCAACGGGUGUUGCAGCGAUGGAAGCCGGCUCCAAGCCUCAGCAUUUUUCUAACAAGCUCCACAAACAGAAACGUGGUACAAUUAGGAUAAAUGUUUGAGAUGCUUUUGAAAAAUGGAGAGAGGUUGGCACGCAUAAAGGUUUCAAGAGCUGGCUAAACACUGAAGCUUCAGUUUCCGCGGCUCUAGGGGAGAGGGGGUGUGGGGAUGUUUUGGAUUUGGACUGGAGAACACAUUUGAAACUCUAUGUGUCAGAGUUACAUAUUGCUCCUUUAAUAUGCUUUAUUGUUCAGAAGAAAGUGCAAUCUGCUUUUCAUAGGCACAGCAGAACUGUAGCACCGCUUUGCUUGGCUUUUUCCUGGAGAGGGCCUCACUUGUUUUAAUUGUUGCUGCUUUACUUUUUACUAAGGACAGUCCAAGAUUGCACUUCCCAACAGCUGCAAGUUGCAGUUGUUACUGCAAUUGCAUUGCUGGUUCCUUAAAGUAUUUAUCCUAAUAAAAUCCAAGUCUGACCUCUCUCUCCCCCCCCCCCCCCAAAAAAAAAAAAGAAGCUCUAAAGACAUCUUGUUAAAGAUAAAUGUACUAACUAGUAAGGCCUAAAUAACGUGUACAUGGGGUACUGGUAUUUCUACUUUCUACGUUACAUUGUACAGUGCCAUUUUAAAUACACAUUCACACAGUCACAUGAGCUAUCACAUGAUCAAUGUCCGAUAAGUCACAGAAAACAUCCCCCAAAAAAUGUGUACCCACUAAUAAAGAUAUGCGAGUGAAAAAUAUUGCACCGUGGAAACACUUAGAUCCCAUUACAGCACAAAAUCGAGAGCAGAGAAUCCAAUAUAUACAACACCUAUUUACACCUCUUGGUAUUAUAUGUACAAAGAGAAAACACACUCAAGUAGAGUUAAAUGUAAAUAACAUAAAGUAUGUGAAGAGGCCUUUCUAUAUCCUAUAACUGGUCUACUAUAUACAGGCAGAGAUACUGGGACAAAGAUAGAUAAGUGCUUGACCACAUUUGCACCAUAUUUAUGACCCUCAUAAAGACAAAACCAAAGUUUAACCAAAAAGGACGGAUGUCCGUUUCUUUGUUUAGACCACUAGGUGACAUGGUAUUUAAUGUGUAUAUUGAAAAUAAAUCUCUUGGAAUAUCAGAACACAGGAGUACAAUAAGAAACCCCGACUGUAGGAGCCAUGUUGCUUACCAUUUUUCAGUUAAUGAGUCAAACAGGAGAUAUCAAUAAUCUUCUCCUAAAACUAGAACUAUUUGGGAGAUACAUUUAAGAUGGCGCUGUACAAUGCAACUUUAGUCUGAUGAAGAGCAGCUUUGCUCAAAACGUCACUACCCUAGUGAAAUAAACAUUCUGGAGUGUUUGGUUACUGCAGUGUGCAAGCGGUCUUCUUCUGUGUUUUCAGUGAAAUUACGAGUUUAAAAACAGACUUUAUAAACGCUCCAUUUUCACUGUUAGUAAAGACAAAAGGCCAAACCCUCUUUAGAAAAAAACUGUUUUAGAAACGCCUGUACAUGUGAAGAAUCAGUAUGAUAUAAUUGCGUCUACUGAGGCAUUUAUUGAAAUAAAUGGACAGAAUGAAUAUGUGUAGUGUAUUUAUCCAAGCAUAUUGUCAAAUUAAGUUUGAGAUGAUCUAUACUCCUGCACCUUAGCACCAUGCCUUGUAUUGUAUCGGAUUCUUUUCCUGGUGAUGAUGAUGCACUUUGCUAAAUUCCAAUAUCCAAUUUGACCCCACACAUAUCAUGAAGUGCCUUCUGGCUUCCCAUGUGGCAAUACUGUACAUACUGUAUCUCUGAAUGGCUACGCACUUCGAGUUAUUGCAAUAUGAAGGCUGCUGUUUGGUUUUCAUUCAGAGGAGGUGAAAAUGUCGGCUUGAAGAUAGGUUUUUCCACCAUCAGUAUGUAUUAGUGAUGUGUUCCCCUUAACGCGGUAUGCUAAUGAUCUUAAAGUAUAACUCUCAUUAUGAUUGGUGCACUUUAUUUUUAACGUUUACAUAUUAAAAAUGACGGUACACUACAGUUUCCCCAAUGCUUUUUGUCUUCAAAAGAAAAUGUGGCAGAAUGAAUACCAUGUAAAACACACAUAUAGAAAGUAAAAAAACACACUAUUUAAUAUGUACAACUUGUGUAUAAUGCCAUGUAUUGUUGCCUGUUGUGACUACUCAUAAAUAUCUCUUGAAAGCACCACCAGCUUUUAGUGGAAGGGUUAUUCAUAUAUGUAUGAAUUAUCAACUGAAUAUUUAACAGUUAUAAUAAACUGACAAACUUCUUUGUUUACAGUAUCUAGCUCACUCUGGUUCUAGUCUUCAUUACUUUGUCUUGCAAACACAUGUAUGCUUCUAGUACUGAUUUCAUCCCCAACUUUGCCAACAUGUACUUUUAGCUGAAUUGGUUUUUUUUGGCCUUUCAGCCUUCUUCAGGUCAUUCGGUGUAUCAGUCUGUAGACUAGUGGAUCAAAAGGCUCUUCAUUUUAAUCUGUCAAAACUCUGCAUGUGUCCUCUGAACAGAGUGCCUGGAGAUUUUAAAAGCUUCAUUUUGACAAUAGGAAAAGUGACUGUGUGGCAGAAUCAGUGCUCUUUAUUAAACCCAUAUUUAAAAAAAAGAAAAAAAAAAAAAGGUUUGAACUUUUCAUCACCAGUAAUGGUGCUGUGGAGUGUUUCAAUGUCGUGUAACGUGGAGUUUCAAAUGACUGUAUGUGCUCUUCAUUCUUUUCAAUCACCUCCUGUCGGGAAGUUGUAGCGACAUCAACGAGCCACUGGUGUCAUUAUUCUGUCAUGAGAAAUAAAGAUUUUUGCACAUUU